GAGCAGCUCAGGGAGCACGCAGCGCAGCGAUCGGCAGUAUCACCGAUCACAGAAAGAGCCAAAGAUUUCGGCUUGGUCAUGUGAUCAGCUGUGUCCAAUCACAGCUGAUCACAUGGCACUGAUGAUCAGUGUGCCCUGAUGAUCAGUGUAGCCCCAGCAGCGCCACCUGUCAGUGUCCAUCAGUGCCUUGUGUCAGUGCUCAUCAGUGCCUCGUGCCAGUGCCCAUCAGUGCCACAUCAAUGCCACAUAUCAAUGCCUACCAGUGCCCAUCAAUGCCAAAUAUCAGUGUCCAUCUGAGCUGCCUUUCAGUUUCACCUAUCAGUGCCAGUCAGUGCCACCUAUCAAUGCCAAUCAGUGCCACCUAUCAGUGCUGCCAGUCAGUGCCGCCUAUCAGUG